CUUUAGAAUGGGCGUCAUCAUGGCAACCAGACGCUCGUCUAGUACUGCUUUAUAAACAGCCGCCGAAAAGUCUACAGUGAGUUCUGCCUCAGGUUCUUCCUCAUCAUCAUCGUCAUGCCGCUGUUGAUCACGGAUCACACGUGGACUCAGAACAACAACACGGUGUUCAUCCGCGUGCCGUUAAAAGCCGUUAAAGCGGCCAAAGUGGACGUUCUGUGUACGGAAGAGUAUCUGAAGGUCAGUUUCCCUCCCUUUCUGUUCGAGGCCUUCUUGUUCAAGCCGAUAGACGAAGAGAAAAGUUUGGCAAAAAUCGGAAAUGGCGUCGUGCUUUUCACGCUGCCCAAACAGGAAGAAGGCUUCUGGGAGCAGCUCACUGUAGACCUCGGGAAGGACAAAAAGAGAGAGGUUCGGGAAGGAGCCAUCAUCCAAGUCCAGAAGAAGGAGAUGGAGAAAGAGGAAGUGAAAGCCCAGAGGAUUCAGCAGGAGAGGAAGUACACGCUGGAGACCAUGAUGAAGCUUGAGGAAGAGGAGCGAGCAAGGAUCCAGAAGAUAAAGGAUGAAGAAUGCACCAAAGCUAUGAAGGAGCUGGAGGCCUGGAAAGAGAAAAGGGAAGCAGAAGAGGAAGAAAAGGUUCAGCGAACGAAACAGGAAGCAGCCGCAAAGGAAAGAAAACAAAAUCAUCAGCACAGAAAACCUGAGAAGGUUAAAACACCUGUACCAAACCCGAGCAGAGCUGAAGGUGAGAAAAGAGAGAAAAAGUCCAAGAAUGUUGAUCUUCCUCCUCCGAGAUCAGCGGGCUGCAUUAAGGUCAGCUUCAGCCCUCGAGUCUUUCCCACGCCGUUACGAGAGUCCCGCGUCCCCGAGGAAGAAGAGUGGCUCAUGAAACAGGCCGAGGCGAGACGGGCGGCAAACGCUGAGCUCGCAGAGCUGGCUGAUCUGACAGAGAAUGAAAGAAACCCUGACUGGCUUAAGGAUAAAGGAGAUACAUUCUUCCGCGUGGGGAACUACGUUUCUGCACUCAACGCCUACGACCUGGCCAUCAAACUCAACCGCCGCAUUCCUGCUCUCUUCUCCAACCGAGCAGCUUGUCAUCUGAAGCUUAGAAAUCUACACAAAGCCAUCAAGGACAGUUCUCAGGCUCUGGAGCUGCUCACACCAGCGGUCUGUGCUAAUGCUGCAGCCCGGAUGAAGGCCCACGUGAGGAGAGGAACAGCUUUCUGUGAGCUCCAGCUCUAUGUGGAAGGGCUUCAGGACUAUCAGGCUGCUCUCAGGAUCGAGCCACACAACCAGGCUCUGAAGGCAGACGCCGAGAAGAUCCAGGCGAUCAUUCAAGGCACCGGACCAAGCUCAAAAUCCCCCACAGUGUCUGAGACAUAAUCAUAAGCAAUCAUGGCUUCUUUUGUCUUUUAUAAUAAAAACAGUUUUUCUAAUUUAAA